CUAAAGAAGCAAAUCUUUUGUUUUGUUGUUUUUAUUUUUCUUCUUACAAACUGAUAAAAGAAACAUAUCUUUUACCUCAUUUUAGUCCUGGAUUCCACUCUUCUACAGCAGACUGUUUCCUCAUUACGAUCACAGAGAAAGAAAAAAAGGGUCAUUGAAAAUGACCCUUUUGUGAAUUCUGAUUUUGCUUGUCGAUACUAAAAAAAGAUAAUAAAAUCAGGUAAGGAGUGAUCCAGCCCACAAAAGUCAUUUUCUUUUCUUGCAAGGUAGAAUAUUUUAUUAGAUAUAAAAAUGGUAUGAAUUGGCUGAAGAUGAAAUAUGCCGGUUCUAUUCCACCAUUGAUCAAGUGAAUUUCUGAUAUUAUUGCUAUAAAGAUUUUUUUUUUUUUUUAACUUUAUGAUGCCAGCAGCUCCGGAUCUAACAACAACUGGGAUCCGUGCUUGAAUUUAGAAAAAAAUUGGGAUUCUGGGUCUUGCAAGAAAUGGUUAGUGAAGAAUUGAGUUUUGUCCUUUUCUGAUUAUUGGUAUCUGUAUUUAAACAAACCUGUUUCCUUUAAUACUAAUUUUAUCAGUAUUUUAUAUGAUAUAUCUCUCAUUGCUUACGUAUAGAUCUAGCCUAUUGUCUCUGACACAAAAAGACCCAGAAACUCUCUUUAAAAAACCAAACAAUUCCUAACUCACAUACCUGACAUGCCCCCAAAGACCGAGGGGGUGUUAGAAUCUCGGUCAAGAGAAUCAAACAAACCACCAGAAAAAGAAGAAGAUUCUCAUGCUUCUUCGAUGAAUCCUAUAAUGUGAAUGACAAACCGGGCGGCCUUUCCUUAUUUCCUCAGGAAAGAGUGUUCAAUUCUUUAACCCUGAUCAAGACUUAAAGAAAGGUUUUGUUUUAGUUUGGUAAUUUAUUGUUGUGUGCUGUUAUGGACGAGUUUCCCAAAAUGUUGUAUGGAUGGAGCUGGGAAGAGAACAAGCUGUUUGAGCUUGCUUUGGCUAUUGUUGAUGAAGAACACCCUGAUAGAUGGGAAGCGGUUGCUUCCAUGGUUGGAGGGAAGAAGAGUGCUGACGAUGUUCAAAACCAUUAUGUGAUUCUUUUGCAAGACCUGCAGUGUAUUGAGUCAGGUGAAUUGGAUCAUUUUAUUGUUGAAGAAUCUCAGGCUGUUUGUGUUCAAGUUGACUGUACUCAACCUAUAUGUUGGACAGAAGACGACCACAAGUUGCUGGUGCAAUUAGACCUAAAUUGAUGGGUAGGGCUAAUGACAAUUCACCAAAACAGAGACAUUCAUGUCCGAGCUUUGCCUGGGAAGAAGGCAAAAGCAUGCACACGAUGGAUUAUUAUCGGAAUAUUAUUUCUUGAACUUCCUCAGUAGGUUUCUUCAGCUCUAUUCUGUAAAAAGCAGCAGAAAAUUUGGUGGUAUUAUACCAGCCUGUAUGUAACAGGACUUGUAGAACUUAGUUUAUAGCCAUUCUAGUUUAGAUAUAUAUUGUUUCUUUCCAAAAUUCUGAUUUUUCUUUUCUUUUAAAGAAGAGAUACCAAUCCAUUCUUAAUCUGCUACUGAUUUUUUUUCACUAGUUCAGGUGAUAAUGACUUUUGAACUGGGUCAGGAUCUUCUUGUACGAAUCUCAUUAUGAUCAUCUCAUUUGCUGAUGUUACAUAAGCAGCAUCUUUGUUUAAA